AUGCCCUACGACCAUCCUAACUGCGAAUUUCGUCUUCGCCUUCUACUUUCCGCUCUCUUCUCCCAGGUCCAGGCGGCCGAUCCUCCCCACCCUCCUCCUACGCCUACCUCCCAGCCCGAUCCCGAUCCCGUGCCACGGGGCCCAGAGCCUGCCCCAGCUCCCGAAGAAGCUAUGGCUCAUCCCGAUGAGCGGCCUGUAGCCGCAGCGCAGCACCUCAGACGCUCCAAGACGGCUGCAUCACAUCAUCAGGCGCAAUGCGUCCACUCGGCUCCCCCAUCUCCCUCUCCGUCGAAGAGGCGAAUCUCUCAGGUGCCGGGGUGCUCUGGAACUUCGUCCUCGCAUAGCCCUUCCGCAAUACCGAAACGAGCUAAGCCGGAUAUGGCACCGCCCAAGAUCCUGCCGCUGCGAUAUGAACACUGCCCGGUUGAAGAUAUGGUUGUCCUGAUUGCGCACAUGCUCGGCGAACUGAUCGAGACCAAUGACGCCCUCUCUCUAAAAUCAAGAAAUCUUACCCGCUUUCACUCCCGAACGGCGCCAGGCAUCUCCGUCCUCGACUACCUCCAUCGCCUGGCCAAGCAUGCCACACUCACCCCGCCGCUCCUCCUAUCCAUGGUCUACUACAUCGACCGGCUGUGCGCCAUGUACGCCGACUUCACCAUCAACACGCUUACCGUGCACCGCUUCCUUAUCACGGCUGCUACCGUCGCGGCCAAGGGCUUAUCAGAUGCUUUUUGGAAUAAUUCGACGGGGCUGGUUGAGCGAUGCCCGGGUUAUGAGCUUGAGGCCGAAGAAGAGGAUGAGGAUGUCGAUGAUGAAGAACAAAAUCAAGAUGACGAUGACGACGACGAUGACGAUGGACUUGACGACAAUGAAACCUUUGACGGGGGAUAUCAAGGACAGGGGUCUGGAUAUGAGAUGGAGGAUUCCCCCGGCACGAGCGAGGAAGGACUUCUUGGGAGACAAUAG